AAACCCUCACCCCCUCCUCUUCCCCUCACUCUCUCUCUCUCUCUCACACACAUUCUCAACGUCACCGAUCAAACCAACCCAAGCAAAACCCAGAAACCCUAUUAACCUCUUCAUCAAUGGCUGAGCAACACCCCCGCCCACAAGAACACCAAGGCUACCAGACUCAGCACCAGUACGACCAACAACAGCAGCACCAAGGUUUCCAGUACGACGACCAACAGCAACCAAAAGGCUUCCUUCCACAAAAUGGUCCCUCUGCCACGCAUAUUGUAGCAAUGCUCACUCUUGUUCCAAUCGGCGGCACUCUGCUCUUCCUUUCUGGGCUCACGCUCGCUGGGACGAUCCUUGGGCUCGCUGUUUCCACCCCGCUUUUUGUUAUCUUCAGCCCCAUUUUGGUCCCGGCCGCUUUGGUCAUAGGCCUGUCCGUGGUCGGGAUCUUAACCUCGGGGGCUUUUGGGAUCACGGCCCUCUCGUCUUUUUCUUGGUUGGCCCGUUUUCUGAGUCGGAGUCGGUUGCCGCAGAAAAUGGGCCAGAAGGUGCAGGAGACAACGGGGUAUUUGGGCCUAAAGGUACAGGAGACGGCGGGCUAUUUGGGCCAAAAGAUGCAAGAGACUGGAGGCCAGGUGGGCCACUUGUUGCAGGAGACUGGAGGUCAGGUGGGCCAGAAGACUAGAGAAACGGGGCAAAAUGUAGAUAAGGCCCAGGAUGCUGGUAGGGACCAAGAGGGUGGUAGGACCAAAGAAGGUGGCAGGGGGCGUGAAGGUGUUACUGUUACUGUUGAGCCAUGAAGAAGAUGAACUGGUUCAUAGAUGCAUGUUAUAUAUAGGCCUUGGUAGCUAGUAAUCUCUCUCUCUCUCUCUCUCUCUCUCUCUCUCUCUCUCUCUCUCCCCUUCUUGGGGUCUCUUUGUUUCUCUUUCUGCUUUCUUCUGUGUCACCUUUAUAAACGUUUUGGCAAAAGAAAAUGUAGAUGUCACUGUUUGGUCAAUGGUAGUUCUACGUUUGUAUAUGAUGCAAUAAAAUGUUGUGCUAUUUUUUUUGUUCUUUGUUUGUUUCUUUUUCUUUUUGCUUUCAAUUUCCAAAAAUUCACACAAAUUUUAGUAUUUUGUAGCUCAAUUGGUUAAUAG